AUGUCUAGGACAUGGCUAAUCGGGGCAGUUGGGGGUUUGAGGCCUUGGGAGGGUGCGGUAAUCAAGAUCAUUGAUUGCAAGGACGCAUCUAUCCUCAGGAGGAUGAAUGUUCAACACCCCACAUUAAAGGUGGAGAAUUGGGCCAUAAUCGGCGUGAAGAGAGACACCAAAUCAACCCAGUUGACCUUGAGUAUGGACUUUUCAGUCGUCGAGCACGUAAAAAAGGUCGAUUGGAGACCUUAUCUGAGAUCUGAGGAUAUUUCCCGGAUAGCCAUAUAUGCUAGGAGGCAUAUCGACUUUGUCAGCUUACCGAGGUUCAGUAAUAGAGACCUGGUAACGAUUAAAGUCGAACAUCUAAGAGGAGGAAAACGACAGCCUCUAGUGAUUUGUUUAACAUACCUGCUAAUUGACUCUUUAUUCCGGCCACCAUCAGAGGAACUAAGACGCUUGGCGGACUAUUGCAACUCGAAAGGAUGGUCGAUGAUCCUUGGUUGUGAUGCAAACGCGCAUCAUACGAUAUGGAGCAGUAAGAACAUCAACAGUAGAGGUGAGUACCUUUUAGAUUUCCUUUUAACUGCCGAUUUGACUAUAUUGAAUCGCGGAUGUACGCCAACCUUUGGGACAGCUAGAUGUCAGGAGGUUAUUGACAUAACUUUUUGCUCUGUAUACAUUAGCGAAGCAGUCAGUGAUUGGCAUGUAUCGCCUGAGACAUCCAUGUUAGAUCACAGACAUAUAUGUUGUUCGCUGAUAGCUGACGUAUCUGAUUCAAUCGGGUAUAGGAACCCAAGAGCAAUCGACUGGUAUGGGUACAGGGAAGCUCUCGGAGAGGCCUUGGCAAGCAUGCCAAGGUGGAAUAAUAAUCUUCAGGAUCUGAAAAGAGAAAUCAGAAGGCUAUUUAAUAGAUCUAGGAAAAAUGGUACAUGGGAAUUGUAUAAGUAUAUGACAGCAAAAUACAAUAAAGAGAUACAAUCGGCCAAAAGAUUCUUAUAG